CCAAUCCAAUUCAAGUGACCAUUUACUCUUUGAGAAAAAGAAAAUUUAAUUUCAACCAAUAAUCAAUCAGCUGCAGGCUGAAACUGUACGUCGACUGGAAAAAAAUUUUAAGUUUUUUUUUCACUUGAAUCCUACCCUCCCUAAUCCGAAAUGGAAGGCAGAAAGGAAGCAUUUCGCAUGUAUUUGGAACAAACGGGAACCACGGAUGCGUUAACCAAGGUGCUUAUUAAAUUGUACGACUUGAAGGACAAACGACCGGAUAACGAAGACGCUGCGCUGCAAUUUAUGAAAGAUAAUUUGUCCAACAAUUUUCCCAGCCAAAACGAUUAUGAUAAACUAUUGGCAGAAGUGGAAAUAAGCCGAAAGAAAGUGGAGGCAAUCCAGAAGGCCGCGGAAGAGGCAAGAGAAAGAGCAGAUGUGGAGAGAGAACUGAGAAAAAUGAAAAAAACCGGAGAAACAUCGGCUAAGGCUGCAGAUGCGGUAGUGAAGGCCGACGCCAAUGCUACUGCCGAUGGUAAGGUCGAUAACGUGGCUACUGUCGUAAUCAAGACAAUUGACGAAGCUAAGAAACGCUUGGAAGAGCUAAAGAAACAUCAAAAUUGCAAAUCGUUGCUGGUAGAAUGUCUUAGUUUGGAGAUGUUUGAGAAACUAAAAGCGGAUCAGCUGGCUCAACUCCUGCUUUGCAUCAGACGGGGUCUGGAAGAUCCGAACGUACUGGUGGGAAUUAAUGCCGUUGCCGAAGACGACUAUGUUACUUUCAAAGAGAUCUUUGAUCCGAUUAUUAAAAAGUAUUUCGGUUCGGAUCUCAGCACAGCUUUGCAGUCAAGUUGGAAGAACGCUACGGGCAACAAAGACGACAGUCCCUUAAAUUGUCGAUCACACUUGGUACUCCGUACAAGAAUUACAUGCGCUCGAUCCAUGGCAAAAUUUCCUUUCAUUCCUGGAAUGAACGAAGAUCAGAAGAACAAAUUGAAGGCCGAUGUUGAAGCCGAAUUGAAACUUUUAGUCGAAGACAAUGUUAAGGGCAGAUACCACGACCUGACCAAUAUGAACGCAGAAGUGAAAACGAAAUUGCAGGAACGCCACUUGCUGUUCCAGUCCGUAAACGAACAAUUGAAAGCUGCUGGUGUAUUAGACUGUUCCAUUGGUCGUGCCAUAUUUUGCAAUGACAACCAGAACUUGGUGGUGUGGGUUAACGAAGAGGAGCAUCUGAAGUUUAUUGCGACCGGAAUGAACAGCAUUAAGGAAGCAUUCAUUCGAUUGAGGACGGUUGUUGAGAACUGUGAGUUCCUGACAUUUAAAACCACAGCGACGAAUCAAAAUCCUCCUACCAUAACAUUCUGUCCAACGUUUGUGGGCGCGGCGCUGCAUGUUUCGGUUGUGGUAAAAUGUCUUAACGUUGCAACCAGAGGAAAGAUGGAAGACAUAGCGAAGACAUUGAAGAUCGGCGUUAAGCCGACAACAGUGGCAGAUGAGUUCGAACUGACAAAUAAACCGAAAUUGGACAUGACGGAAUUCGAUGCAAUGAAAGAAUUUAUCGUUGAAGUGGGCAAAUUUUUGAAAGCAGCACACAUCGAGACAGCCGCCGAUGCUGUGGCUCGUUUAGAGGAGCUGAAGAAGUGUACCCCUCCGCCAGAAUCGUUGUUGGUGAAACAUCUCACAACAGACAUCUGUGAUGAACUGAAAGGUAAAGACGAUCCUACCGAAAAGACUUUUCUUAACUGCAUCCGACUGGGACUGGAAGAGGGGACGCUGCCGAUCGGGAUUUAUGCGGCGGAUCAUGAUGCCUACAAAAAAUUCGCCAAAAUAUUCGAACCAAUUUUAACGGAGUAUUACGGCUUAAACGACUAUACCAGUCUUGUGGAAUCAAAAUGGACUGAUGAUGAUAAAAAGUUGAAUUUUAAUUCACACUUGAUACUUCGUACAAGAAUUGCAUGCGCCAAGUCCGUUGAAAAGUAUUCCUUUGUUCCGGUUAUGGACAACGUCAAAUUAAAUGAAUUGAAAGAGGAAGUGAAGAAAAAAUUGGCGGAACAUACCUUCGCAGACCUAUGUGCGGGUAAGUUCGAGGCUUUGGACAAAUUGACCAAUGAUGAGAGAGACGAAUUGAAACAAAAUCAGCUGCUGUUCGAACCUGAAAAUUUGCGAUUGCAAACCGCUGGUGCAACCGAUCUCUCUGCAGGUCGUGCCAUAUUUUUCAAUACCGCCAAAAACCUGGUGGUUUGGAUUAACGAAGAAGAACAUUUGAAGUUUAUCGCAACCGGGACUAAUAAGACCGGCAAUAGUACGCACGUUAUCAAAGAUGCAUUCACCAAUUUGAGAAAUGUGGUUGAUCACUGCGGUUCGUUGACCUUUAAAAAAAGCAAAAAAGCAGACGCUACAAAUAUGGAUGCGCUGGGUCACUUAACAUUCUGUCCGACAAAUCUGGGCGCGACGAUAAAUGUUUCGGCUGUGGUCAAAUUUCCCAAUGUUGCAGAGCGAGAGAAAAUGAAACAAAAGAUGACGAAGGAAGACGAGAAGAAGAAAUUGCCAUUCUACGUCGAACCGACAACAGUGGCGGAUGAGUUCGAACUGACAAAGAAACCAAAAUUGGACAAGACUGAAUUUGAUGCAAUGGAAGAAUUUAUCGUUGAAGUGGGCAAAUUUUUGAAAGAAGCUGGCAUCAAGACCACCGACGAUGCGGUGGCUCGUUUAGAGGAGCUGCAGAAGUUUACCCCUCCACCAGAAUCGUUGUUGGUGAAAAACCUCACUAAAAAGAUCAUUACAGGCUCAACGUCAAAGGCAACUGCAAAAACAAAGACUUUGCUCGACUGCAUCAAAAUCGGAUUGGAGGAUGAGAAAUUGCCGGUGGGAAUUUUCGCGGCUGAUGAAAGUUGUUACGAAACAUUCGAACAGAUUUUUAAACCAAUUUUAAUAGCCUAUUACGGAGGAGUGGACCCUAUCCAAAUUGAAGCAUCAAAGUGGGACGAUAAUAACAGCCAGAUUGCUGGCUUAGACUUUGACUCGGGAUUAAUUAUUCGCGUGAGAAUUACAUGCGCUAGGUCGCUUAAAGAUUAUCCUUUCGUUCCGGCUAUGGAGGAAAAAGAUUUAAAUGCAUUGAAAGACGAAGUUCAACAAGCAUUGGAGACUACCUUUUGUGCUUCUGGUGGUACGUUCGUCGAUUGGGACAAGUUGGUCGAAGUUGAUAGAAAAGAGUUGCAAAAAAAUCAGCUGCUGUUCGAACCUGAAAAUUCCCUAUUGCUGGCCGCUGGUGCAACCAAUCUAUCCGAAGGUCGUGCCAUAUGUUACAAUACCGACAAAAACUUGGUCAUUUGGAUUAACGAAGAGGAGCAUUUGAAGUUUAUCGCGACCGGGACGAAUAAGACUGGCAAUAGUACGCCCGUUAUCAAAGAUGCAUUCACCAAUUUGAAAGAUGUUUUUGAUCAAUGCGGCUCGUUGACCUUUAAACAAAGCGAAUCUUCAUCCUUUCUAACGGACUGUAACUUAGCAUUCUGUCCAACGUUUUUGGGUCCGGCAAUACAUGUUUCGGCUAUUGUAAAAUUGGCGAAAGCAGCUGCCAGAGGAAAAGUGGAAUACAUUGCGAAGGCAUUGCCGAUAUGUGUUAAACCGACGACAGUGGCAGAUGAGUUCGAAGUUACAAAUAUACCAAGGUUGGACAAGACUGAAUUCGAUGCAAUUAAGGAAUUUGUCGAGCAGUUGCAGAUAUUGGUGGGACAAGAAGAACAAUUGGUCACAACAAUCGAAGAAGCGUGGGCAAGCUGGGAGCUACUGGAGAAAGGCACUGUCGAUUCAAUUAUGAAAAAAAGUAAACUAGAUCAAUUAGAAUUUGAUGCUGAAAAAAGUAAGGGACAAACUGCCAACGACAAGACUUUACUCGACUGCAUCAGACCGGGAUUGGAAGAUCCCAUCAGUUCGGGAAUUUAUGCGGUUGACGCUGAUGCAUACGAAACAUUUCCCGUUUUAUUUAAAAAAUAUGUUGAAAUCAUUCACCCGUUAUCCCCACUUCCCAAACUGUCCGAUGACGGUUGGGAUGGUGCUAACGAUACAUGGCUGUUCAGUGAUUACUCAUCGGUUACAAUAUCCUCACGAAUUACAUGCCGUAGAUCGUUCAAAGAUUUCCCUUUCAUUCCGGCAAUGACAACGACACAAUUGCGCAAGUUGAGAGCCACAGUGAAAGCGAUAUUGGAAGAGUACGAUGUCAAUGGUAAAUUCUACGAUUUGACUGGUAUAGACGGUACGACGAAAGGUGAAUUGAUAAAGGAUGGACAUUGGUUCGAACCGGUUAAUGAACGAUUAAGAUCCGUCGGCGUUAAAGAUUUUACCACCGGCCGUGCAGUCUUUGUGAGCAAACAGAAUAAUUUAACAGUUUGGCUGUGCGAAGAGGACCAUUUGAAAUUCAUUUCGACUGCUGCAGACGGAGACAUUGCAAAAACAUUCAUCCAAUUAAAGGAAGCUGUUGACAAAUUUAAAAACGUCGAGUUUCACAAACAUAAUGAUUGGGGAUGGAAAACGUUCUGUCCAACGAAUCUGGGAUCGACGAUUGAGGCCACGAUUGUUUUGAAAAUACCGAAAAUAACACACGCUAUGUCAACGUCACCAAAGACAUUCGAAGAGUACUGCACAGACGAAAAUAUACCAGAAACUUCAGAUAUUUGCGAGAAAACGUUGUCCGACAAAAAUGAACAUGAAAUUUCGAAUAAGAUAAAAUUCGGAAAGGAGUUCGAACUGGUUCAGCAAGUGUUUAACGCAGCAAAAGAACUCGCUGCAAAGGAAAAUAGUCUGUAGAGACAAAUCAGAAAUUAAACGAAAAUUCCAUUU